AUGACUGAUGAAGAGGUUUCUCGCUGCGCGGAAGAACUCAAGUUAUUCUAUCGAGAACGAAUGUGCAAAAUAAAGCCCGAUCCGUUUGUUUUCAAUCUAAUCUUUCAAUUCGAAGAAAUUUACACUGAAUUAACUCUUCUCAGAAAUGAAAUGGGGAUAACGAAGAAGAAAGGUUCACUUAAUUACAAGGAUCUUCUAACUACAACGAUCAACGGAGAAGCUCCUAAACGUCUUCUAGUUGAAGGUGAAGGUGGGGUUGGUAAAACAACACUAUGUUCAAAGAUUGCUUGGGACUGGACCAAUGGAUCGGAAGCGUAUAAUCAUUUCAGUUGGGUACUGGUUAUACCACUGGGCAACGUUAUCAAGGGUGAAACAAUUGGGGAUAUCAUUAAAAACUAUCUUGACGACAAUAAUAAUGUAAGCCCCGAACAGAUUGAGAAUUACAUGAAAUCCCAUCCUUCCAAGGUUCUGAUUAUACUUGAUGGAUUUGAUGAGUAUAAUGGGGACCUUUUGACUGAUGACAGUUCAGAUAUUUCUCAGAUUCUACGCUUGAAAAUGCUUAAGCAGUGCAUAGUCUUGGUGACAACAAGACCAUGGAGGGCAAGUCAGAUCAAAUGCAAUCUGGAAUUGAAUCGUUCCUAUUGUUUCAUUGCAGCGGAGGGAUUUAGUAGCGAUAAUGUAUCGAAAUACAUCAGAAAGUUCUUUGCGAAUGAUAGGCAGUCGCGAUUAGAACUAUUGGAGUUCAUACAAGGAAAUGACGUUAUCAAGAAUAACAUGGCACCCUUCCCAAUCUACGUAGCCAUGCUCUGUGUCUUGUGGAAAGACAUUGGCAUAGACAAACGAGAAAGAAUACGCAAACUGGAAACGUUCUCAAAAUUAUUUGAGCAAAUAAUAAUUUUCUUAAGAGAUCAUUAUCUAUCAAAAUUGAAGUCUUCCGACACUUUAAAUGAAGAACAAUUGAACAAUGAAGUUAAAAUGGCUCAGGAAUGCUUCCAGCAGAUCGGUUCUGUAGCAUUUACGGGGCUCCUGGAAAAGAAGUUGGAUUUCAAAGUUGAUGAUUUCAGCUCUUGUAAGGACGCCAUAGAGACAUGUUGUAGAAUAGGGGUCCUUAGUAUAGAUCAAAAACAAGUAUCGAGAUGGAAGAAAUCUGUGUAUGAUUCACAACCUCAAGCAGCAAAAGUUUUCUUUCCUCAUAAACUUUUCCAGGAAUAUGUUGCAGCUCUCUAUCUAGCCUCUAUUCAUGUCUCUGAUCAUGAGGAGUAUUAUAAAUUGCAAGGCAAAGUGCUUGGGGCCAAUGUCCUGGAAUUCCGUUAUCUCUUGUACUUUACUGCUGCGCUGGGGAAAGAGGUUGGUCGCAAAAUAGUUAAUCAAAUACAAUUGGAUAUUGGAAUCGACUCUACAACCAGGCAUAGUGACGUAUUAGAUCUUCGCUCACCACGGUUAACGAAAAUGGAAAAUUUUCUAAUAGAUGUCACCUUUGAAGCCUUUGACAAAGAUACUGCGAAAACGGUUGGACAACGCAUAUUUGCAGAGAAACGAGCACUGACAAUCGAUGAAGAAAUGUCUGUCCACACCGUGUCUGGUUGCGUCUUCAUCAUGGAGCAGCAUACAGUGGAAAAGCUUGAGUUAAAAAGAGACUGUGGGCCGACUGUAUCUCGUGACAUCGCAGAUCAGCUUUCUUCACCUACUUCAUUGACAACAUUGAAGCUUUUGGAAAUGGAUCUGGAUGACACGUUCUACUCUGUUAUAUUAGACAAUGUUUCAAAGGUAGGAAAAGCGAUCAACAAAGUCCAGGAGCUCCAUAUAGAUGAUCGGUUUAUUGGCGGUCUACGCAAAUUUGACGCAACUAUCAAAACUAUAUUCCCCAACUUGAAACGGCUGACAUUUAGAACAAAUCUCACGGUCUCACCGAAGACAGUAAAGCAGUUGACACAUAACAGUCUGGAGGAGCUGUCUAUUUGCAAGUCAGAGGCAGGCUUGCAUCCAGUUCCUUUCAUUGGUGAACCUCUUUCACUAGGACAACUGUUCUCAGAUUCAUUCCCACAACUCAUCUCUCUGGUCUUCAAAGAACUAAUGAUGGGCAUCCUGCGCAUUAGAUCCUUACUACAGAAUCUAAGGAAGCACCCACAUUUGAAGUCAAUUAGUAUCUUCGCUUGUUUUACUGAUGAUGAACUCGAUCCCCUUGUAGAACAAAUUACUGCUGAGAACAGGAUUAAAGUGACACUUCAACAUGACGAGGGACAAAGAAAAUUAGAGUUUAAAUUAUCGGAAGAUGUGUUAGAUGCACUUUGUCAUCGACCGAGUGUUUGUGAGAUGACUGUGACGGGACAAGGGGAAUGUUACCUGUGUUUUGCAGACCAUCAAUGCACAGAAGUUGAUUCUAAGAGUCCAUACUUUAUGGAAAACAAACACAUUCGGAUCUUAGAGAAGUGGUCAGGGUGGAGAAAUCAUCAGCAGCGCAUUCAGGGUGGUUCAUCUGCAACUCCUAGAAGCCAUUCUAAAGAUGAACCAUCGCAGGACGAAGAUCCUUCUGGACAAACCAACCUUCCGUGCCAAGAGCAAGAAUUUGCAAUACCCAGUGAUCCUGUAACAGAUGUCCAAUCAGAAUUAGGGUCAAUGAGCCUAUCAACGGCAUAUCCGCCACCUGCACACUCAGCUCUGGCACAUCCUCCGGAAAAACGAAACCAGACAACAAUGAAUAUUGUAUCAUCAGGUUCAAGCAAUGUUCAGGGCAACAUCAUGAUUGGUCAGCAAACCAUUCAUGUUCAUUACCAUGAUUACGCUGGAACAAGCCAACAAGGCUGCAGCGACAGCAGAGGUGGCAGUAGUGACGAACUGACACAGGGGCCUAACACGGCUCGUAACCCACUACAGUUACAGAGUAAAAGCAAGAGCAGUGAUAGGAGGGAAGACACUGGAAAUGAUUGGAAGACAACCGACGAAAGACCUCCAAAAAAGCGGCGAACUGAGACAGACCGUAAUCCAACAUCACCUUAA